AACCAGUGCAAUUUUACAACAAAAGAACAGUUGGUUUGGAGACAUUCGCAUAAGGGUGUAAAUUAAAAAAUUAAAUAAAAAUGAUUUCUGUAAAGAGUUUGGCAUUCUUAGCGCUACUGGUUGUGGUUAAGGCCCAACAAAAUACUGGUCUAAUAAAUUAUUAUAACAGUGAAAAUAGUUCUUUGAUACGCAACGAUGAGUAUAUUGAAUCAGUGAGACGUCAAAAUGAUUUUCAUAUUUGGUACAAUACUCAACAAAUUGAAACCUUCCGGAAUGGCUAUUUGGAUCGCAUUAAUACGAUUUCGAUUCAGAAAAAAUCACUGGCUCAAGAAAUUUGUCGUGUCAAUGAAUAUUUAGUGCCCUUGACAGUGCUGAGCGAUUUUAGCAGACAAUGUGUCCAGAAGUACAAACAAUUGAUACCCUCAGAAGCUGCGGCCGAAAGUUCGAUGGAGCGUUGCAUGAUAACGGGUCGGGGCCAAGUGAAUUCAUUGAUCACAAAUAUGAUCGCAACCAAUCGCAGUUUGAGUAACUAUUACGUUGGGAAUUUUGAAAAAGGUGUUACCAAUUGUCGUACUAAAUUUAAUACUUCCUAUCCGGUAAAUUACACCCACUGUUUAGCUGAUGUGGUUUCCGCUUCAAAUGCUUACACAAUUAGUAAUCAGAAGACAUUCUCUACACAAUUGGAAACAGCCAAGGGUUCAUCGAAUGUAUAUGUCAAGCAGGCCCACGAAUGUAGUUUUUCAGUUCAAAACAGCACCAUAACAAAUAUUCAACGUGCCACCACACUCAUUGACAAUUGUCUUAAUGACACCGGAGAUAAAUCUUCCAAUUGUCCUAACAAAGGAUACUAUUGCGAAAACGUUGUUAGCUUACCCUCCUACAUGAUUGAUUACAAGAAUCGCACAAUGCCGAAUCCAUUCCUUGGACGCAAUGGAACAGAAAAGUGCUUGACGCUGGAUAUUAUGUAUGCAGCCUAAAAUAGUUUAAAGCAAGAGCCUUGAAAAUGUUUAAAGUAAUUAAAAUAGAAUGUGUAGUUCAGAGUAAAUUGUUAAUGUUUCUUAAAAUAUUUGAAAACCAGUAAAGAAAGGUCAAAGUCGGUCUGGGCCGACUUUAUGAUACCCUAAA